UCCCCCUGUUAUAACUGUGAACGCAACUGUGAGUUCCCUCCAUAUAUCCUUUAUAUCCAUGGACAAUACAAAAUGUCUGCCAGGUUUUGGAAACCAGCGUUCAUUAUUUUGUAAAGGUUAAAGUAGGUUAAAGUUCACUGAGUCUAUUUAGUAAGCUUUGACAGCUUCAAUUAGUACUCAUGGAUCUUGGGAAUGGACGAAAAAGUUGUGACAAAAGUUUUGACACGGAUGAUGACUCUGAUUAUGCGAUAAUAAAACGUAUUAAAAUGGAGCCAGAAGCUAUACUAUCACAGGAAGAUGAUAUAAUGGCACAAUUGCAACAAGAAAGUUCUGAUUUGGAAGUAGAACCAAGCUUUGCAUUGGAAGGUACAGUGAAUGGAGAGGAUUGCAAUGAAGGUGUAUUGAUGCAACACAUGGAUAUUAGAGAACCUCUAUCUACCUUAAGAAAUUUAUUAGAACAAAGAUUAGGAGUUGAACUAACAGAUUAUUCAUUUUGGCUACAAGAUGCACAAAUGCUAGAGAGUCACAAAAAUUUAGUCGACCAAUGUGUUCAAGGAGAAGGAUUAGUUCAAGUAAAUGUUCAAAUAAAAGCAACUCAAAGACGUAUCAAUAUAGUAGACGUUUUAAAGCCUGCUGAAGAUUACAUAGAGUUAGCAGAAAAUAGUACACCUGUUCCAAUUAAUGAAGACAGUAAACGAAACAUAAUAAGGUGGAUGGUUGAUCCACAGUAUAAAAAAGAACAGGAACGGUUAAAAAUUCCAGCCGAUCCUAAAGAAUGGACACAGACACAUGUGAAGCAUUGGCUUCAGUGGGCAGUAAGACAGUUCAAUUUAGCAUCUGUAAGAUUAGCUGAUUGGAACAUUACUGGUCAACAAUUAUGCAAUCUUACGCUUGAAGAAUUCCAGGCAAAAGUGCCUCUUGAUCCUGGAGAAGUAUUUUGGACUCAUUUAGAACUACUCCGCAAGUGUAAAUUUGUCGCUGUUGUACAAAAAGAUGCUCCAGCAUCGCCUACAGAAAAUUGUGUGGACAAAACUAUCAAAGUUAGAAAUCAGAAGACCCCAAAAUCUCGACCGGUAGUAAAUCAACAGGCUCGAGUAGUCAGUGUUCCAUUCGAGAACAUUGAUUCUACACCGAUCACGAUAGCAACGUCUAGUCGUUCGGUUAACAGCGGUCAGAUACAACUGUGGCAAUUUUUGUUGGAACUAUUAACUGACCGAGAACACAGAGGCGCUAUACAAUGGGUAGGAACUGAGGGAGAAUUCAAAUUGAAUCAGCCAGAAGCAGUGGCACAGUUAUGGGGAGCACGUAAAAACAAACCGUCGAUGAAUUACGAAAAAUUGAGUCGUGCCUUGCGCUACUAUUACGACGGAGAUAUGAUUUCUAAGGUCCACGGGAAACGAUUCGUGUACAAAUUUGUAUGCGACUUGAAGCAAGUUCUGGGUUAUUCGGCCGCAGAGCUUAGUCGAUUAGUGGAAGAAGGUAGAAGAUAUUUCUGAUGGAACACCAUUUUUCUAUCGUCACAACGACUUUUAUCAUUGUACUUCCAAAAUAUUUUGCACCAAUCAUUGUACAUACUCGACGGAAAAUAUACAAUAUUGAAUAUAUAACAAAAGAAAAGAUAUUAAUUGUUAUUCAGACAAUCGGACACAUAUAUAUUCCAAAUAUACAGAUUAAUAUAAAAAUCAUUGUUUAUUUUUUUAAUGUACAUUGUUACUUAAAUAAUAAAUACAAACUAUGCACCAAUCAGUAUAUUAUUUUCUUAUAAUUUUUUCUAACGAUCUUUGCUGGUGCGUAGUUCAUUCAUUCGUGAAACUUAAGACGUAGAAACUGAAAUGCAUCCACAGAAAAUUAAGAAACUAAAAUGUCAUACAUAUGGGAAGUAUGCAGUUUAAUGAUUUCCUGACGUGAAUAUAUAAUUGUUAACGAUAAGUGUAUCGGCAUGUUUAUAGUACACACAGAGCUAUUAUAUAUUCACUGAGAAACUACGAUUUUUCAAGAUGCAUCAUACAGUAGCGGCAUAGACCUUCGAAUGUCGAGUCUCUCCUCGCUUUUAUAGGGCGUCGACGUUUCCGGCCGUUUUCUAUCUCUGAUGACUAGGACUGACUUUUGAUCGGCAAAAGGCAGCACUCAUCGCCAAUACCAGAGAAUCUAGCCUGUGAGAUAUCGGUCGCGACGUCACAAGUUAGGGUCUCAGGGGACCGGCGACGCGGCAGGCUUUACAAUCAGCCCGCCCGCCAUUGCCCAUUUUCUCAAUUUCAUUUUCUCUCUGUAUUUCAUUCAUUACCUAUUGUACACACAAACCUAUAAAACUUCACUUUCCCUUAAGAUGAUCCGCCACCAUUGAUUUACUCGUAAUUUAAUAUAAAAUGAAUACGGAAUCGUUCAUCACUUUAAUUCCUUAUUACUUUAACACUAUUCUACAAGCGUUCUUUAUGGUAGCAAAUCAUCUUGCAUGUCUAAUGUUAAUUCACACUGCAUCCAAUUAUAAACACCCGCGGUACACGCUAGUAGAACUUCCGUAUCUUCGACAGACGAUACCAUAAACGUUUUUACUUCUAUCUUCUUGGAGACAACGUUGAACGAUGAAACGUUGCGGCGUCGACGACCGGGAAAGUUAGCA